CCGUCCGAGCCGGGACCUGUACGCGGCGCCGGUGAGGCGCAGCAUGUGAAGCGGAGACGGCGUCCCGCGCCGGGCGAGCCUCCCAGCCGGCCGGGAUGGCGACGACGGCCGAGCUCUUCGAGGAGCCUUUUGUGGCAGAUGAGUAUAUUGAACGUCUUGUAUGGCGAACCCCAGGAGGAGGUUCUAGAGGUGGACCUGAAGCUUUCGACCCUAAAAGAUUAUUAGAAGAAUUUAUAAAUCAUAUUCAAGAACUCCAGUUAAUGGAUGAAAGGAUUCAAAGGAAAGUAGAGAAGUUAGAGCAACAGUGUCAGAAGGAAGCCAAGGAAUUUGCCAAGAAGGUACAAGAGCUUCAGAAAAGCAAUCAGGUUGCCUUCCAACAUUUCCAAGAACUAGAUGAGCAUAUUAGCUAUGUAGCAACCAAAGUCUGUCACCUUGGAGACCAGUUGGAAGGAGUAAACACACCAAGACAACGGGCAGUGGAAGCUCAGAAAUUGAUGAAAUACUUCAAUGAAUUUCUAGAUGGAGAAUUGAAAUCUGAUGUUUUUACAAAUUCUGAAAAGAUAAAGGAGGCAGCAGACAUCAUUCAGAAGUUGCACCUAAUUGCCCAGGAAUUACCUUUUGAUAGAUUUUCAGAAGUAAAAUCCAAGAUUGCAAGUAAAUACCAUGACUUAGAAUGCCAGCUGAUUCAGGAGUUUACUAGUGCUCAAAGAAGAGGUGAAAUCUCCAGAAUGAGGGAAGUGGCAGCAGUACUUCUUCACUUUAAGGGUUAUUCUCAUUGUGUUGAUGUUUAUAUAAAGCAGUGCCAGGAGGGGGCUUAUUUGAGAAAUGAUAUAUUUGAAGAUGCAGCAAUACUCUGUCAGCGUGUGAACAAGCAAGUUGGAGAUAUCUUUAGUAAUCCAGAAACAGUACUGGCUAAACUUAUUCAAAAUGUAUUUGAAAUCAAACUACAGAGUUUUGUGAAAGAUCAGUUGGAAGAAUGUAGGAAAUCAGAUGCAGAACAGUAUCUCAAAAAUCUUUAUGAUUUAUAUAUUCAAGAUUUGAAAGAGAGAAUUAGACAGCGUACCAACUUACCACUGGGGCCAAGUAUUGAUACUCAUGGGGAAACUUUCCUAUCCCAAGAAGUGGUGGUUAAUCUUUUACAAGAAACCAAACAAGCCUUUGAAAGAUGUCAUAGGCUCUCUGAUCCUUCUGAUUUACCAAGGAAUGCCUUUAGAAUUUUUACCAUUCUUGUGGAAUUUUUAUGUAUUGAACAUAUUGAUUAUGCUUUGGAAACAGGACUUGCUGGAAUUCCUUCCUCAGAUUCUAGGAAUGCAAAUCUCUAUUUUUUGGAUGUUGUGCAACAGGCCAAUACUAUUUUUCAUCUUUUUGACAAGCAGUUUAAUGAUCACCUUAUGCCACUAAUAAGCUCUUCUCCUAAGUUAUCUGAAUGCCUUCAGAAGAAGAAAGAAAUAAUUGAACAAAUGGAGACGAAAUUGGAUACUGGCAUUGAUAGGACAUUAAAUUGUAUGAUUGGACAGAUGAAGCAUAUCUUGGCUUCAGAACAAAAGAAAACAGAUUUUAAACCAGAAGAUGAAAACAAUGUUUUAAUUCAGUAUACUAAUGCCUGUGUAAAAGUCUGCGCUUAUGUAAGAAAGCAAGUGGAGAAGAUCAAAAAUUCCAUGGAUGGCAAAAAUGUGGAUACAGUUUUGAUGGAACUUGGAGUACGUUUUCAUCGACUUAUUUAUGAGCAUCUUCAACAAUAUUCUUACAGUUGUAUGGGUGGCAUGUUAGCAAUUUGUGAUGUGGCUGAAUAUAGGAAGUGUGCCAAAGACUUCAAGAUUCCAAUGGUAUUACAUCUUUUUGAUACUCUGCAUGCACUUUGCAACCUUCUUGUAGUUGCCCCAGAUAAUUUAAAGCAAGUCUGCUCAGGAGAACAACUUGCUAAUCUGGACAAGAACAUACUUCACUCCUUCGUACAGCUCCGUGCUGACUAUAGAUCUGCCCGCCUUGCUCGGCACUUCAGCUGAGGUUAAAGUGACAAAGGAAAUACGUUUGAGCAGGCCUCGGCUGACAGAAAGCACAGCAGAUCCCUUACGGCACAGCCGACAUUUUAUGGAAAAACGACUGAAGAAAACAGCAGCCAUACUUACCUUUUGGUUUUAUUUGAAAUUUGGACACCACUAACUGUAUUUACUUUUUUUCCUGCUAAGUUGAAUUAUAAUUCCAUUCUUGAAUUUAUACAUUUCAAAUUCUGUAAAACUACAUGUCACUGUUUUUCAUUCUGGAAAAUGUUGGUGUCAGAAGGCAAAUGAAAUUUUACCAGUGUAUGGUUCUAGUUCUUUAACUUAAUUCCAUCUGGAAAUUUUACCAUCCCAUUUUGCAUUAAUACUGGAUAAAUUACAAAAAAAAAUUAUUAUUCAUCAGUUUUUAAUGACCUUUUCAGUACUAGUAAUUCUUAAUCAGAUUAUUGUAGAUUUUCCUAAAGAAUUUGUUGACUCAGAGGUUAAUGAGUAUAAUUUCUGUAGUUUUGUUGAUUACAGUUUUUUCCAGGAUACAAUUCCAAGAAAAUAUUAUAAACUAAAAUAAUAAAAUAGUUUAUGCAGACAUUAUCAGAAUACAUCUGCUUUCUCAGUAAAUUUAAAGUUUACUGUUUUUUAUUUGAUAAGUAAAUUUAAGCCAAUUCUAGUAAAUUAAUAAAACUACCUUAUUUUAUAUUUCAUUUAAUGUAGAAGACUUUAACUAAAGAACCGUAUUUAUUCAUUACUUUAAUGUUAUAAGGGAAAGUAAAUGAGGGGUAGUCUUAAGUGGUGCAUAUGAGAAAUACAUGUUUAGGAACAAUGCAGUUCUUUAAGAUUUUUAUCUUACUGAUAAACUUGAAUAAGAUGUGAUCUCUAAACCUACAGGUAAUCUACUUUAAGAAGAAUUGGAAAUUGAUCAGUGACACUAUAUAUUCUAAGUUUGGGCAUCAAAGGCUGGUUACUUUUCAGAUCUGUAGUUGUUUUCAUUAUCCUUUUUCAAGUCAUUUCUAAAGUUCUUCCUACUUAGCUAUGGUUAAUUGAAUUGGCUUAAUAUGGUGGCAUAAUAAAUUAUUUAAAAAUUUUAAACAUGAAAAAAUUUUGAAAUAGUCAUUACUUUAUAAACCUUUUAAAUUUGCUCUGCAAGAACACAUUCUAAAUUAAAUGUAGUGUUCCAGCUUCUGUUGUGUUGCUUACAGUCUUCUAGGAACCAGACAAACUUUAAUGUUCACUUCAUUUUUGGCAAUUUUUUCUUAAAUGUAAGGCUUUAUAGUCUAAUUUGGGAAAACUGCCUUUCUUCUCAGAAUCCAAUUCUAAGUGGUUAUCGAUUUUUCCAAACCAUCCAGGUCCAGAGCUACCUACUGUUUAAAUUACCAUUGACUGAAUUUUUUCAUUUUCUGUUUAGCCCAGUGUUAUCAAGGUAUGCAAAGCAAAUGAAAUAUGCCAACUUUUGUCAAAGCAUUUUUGGAUAUUGUGGCAGCUUUAGAAGGCUUUCCAGAUUUCUUUUCUUAUCCAAGGGAGAACCAGCAUAGGUUUUGGAUACAAGAAAAAGUCAUAUCCUUGUACUGUUGCCAUUUUAGAAAGCUCUUAUGUGAAUUCAAAUUAUACCUCUGUUACUUAAAGCCAAUUUAAAGGCAGUAGUUUUACUGGCCAUUUGAAUUCUUUGUACAGUGUCAAUUUGUAAAAAAACAAAAAAAC